AUGUCACACUUUGGGCGGCUCCGAGAGAGCAAAAACAUUCGUAUCGCUCUGGUAUCAUGCGUCCUGUUCUACGUCAUUGGCAUGCUCUUUUACACGUAUCGGUUCCCAGCCUUCACCUACGUCGAACAACCCACAUCUUCGCCGCCACGAUCAUCCCUCGUCAAACCAGACAAUGUCACAGUCAGCGCCAUCGUCUUCUAUGGCCGACAAACUCGAGUCCAGGUCAUGAAGUGCUACAUCGAGCGCAACCUGGUAGAAAACGGAGGGUGGCUCGACGAAGUUCUUUGGGUAGCCAACACAUUCGACCCCGUCAACUUACGAUAUCUUGAAGAAAUCAUAGCUUCGAAUCCACGAUAUAAGAAGAUUCAUCCCCAGGAAAUUGCUGGGACGUAUACAUAUAAGCAUAUCUGGAAAUUGUUGGACCGGGGGAAGUACUACGUCAAGAUUGAUGACGACAUUGUUUGGAUCGACGACGACGCUAUCCCUAACCUCGUCACGCGGAAGAUCGAAAACCCGAACGACUGGGUGGUCUCGGGUAACAUCAUCAACAACCCUCCCUUGGGCUUCUUCCAUAUGCGAAUGGGCGCUAUACAUCCAUACUUCCCCGAGCGAUUCAAGCCGCUUGAUGUCAACAUCUCCUGGGGGACGGACUAUUGGAAACCUUCAUCACAUCCUUUCUGGGAUGGGCCAGCCAAGUUCAACUGGGGUCUUGAGAGAAAACCCCCAACGUGGGGUAAGCAUAGGUGGUUGAGGGUAGCUAACGAUAGUGCUCUAUAUCAAACACCCGCUGCCAAACUCAAGUACGAAGUCUGGGGCGAUAGCUACAAGAACUGGGCCAUCGCUUCCCAGAUGCACAUGUCCCUAUUCGAAAACAUCGAAAAGAACCAACUAGAUCUAUACAAAUUCUCCAAACCUUGGGUCAUGUACGAUGAUCGUAUCCGGAUAAAUUUUAUGUGCGUCUACAGCGACGACAUCCUAAACACGGACCCAGAGAACUGGCCCAACAACAAAGGAGAUGAAGACAUGCUCGUCCUCGACCUCCCUAAGAAACUCCGUCGUCCUGUCGUGAUUCAAGGUAACGCAUUAGCCGCGCAUUAUCAAUACACGGAUCAGAGGCCGCUCAAGUCUACAGAUAUCUUACCGAGAUAUCAUUCCCUGGCUGAAGACAGGUACUGUUUAGGGGAAAAGGCUUUUCGGCCCGCUGGGCAGGAAAUGAAACAAAGAUCGCCUCAAAAUGCUUAA